AAUUUUAGCGCUUCGAGUCUUCAACAUGUUUCUUCAACUUCUCGGAGCACUUCGUAGACCGUUACUCAGUAUACCCUCUUUCACUGCGGUCAAUUCAAUUAUUCCGGCCUCGCGCUCUAUUCUAAUCAAUCGCGCGCUACUUGUACCACAAACACUCUCGCUACCUUCACUAUGUGACGCGCUCGGUCAGAGGCGCUUUGCCUCCCGUGGUACUGAGUACCAACCUUCUCAGCGAAAGCGCAAAAGAAAGCAUGGCUUUCUUACUCGGAAAAAGACCGCAACUGGUAGAAAGAUUCUAGCCAGACGACUACUCAAGGGACGCAGGUUCUUGAGUCAUUGAUGGAUGGUUAGCGCACCAGGGUUUACAGUGGGCUCGUAGACAGACCCAAUACAAGGAAGACAGCCUAUCCUUCUUGUUAGAGUUCGGCAUUCCACCCUUCGUCAUCGUUCGGUGUUCGGAUAGUCCCGACUACGUAUAUAUAUCUACGUCGUAGACUAUCC